GACUUCAGCCCGCUCCGAGCGGAUACGGCCGUAGAGUAGAAUCAUGCAAGUGAGUUGUACGGAAAUCUGUCAUGCGCCGUCUCCGUCCGGUCUUUCCGUCGUUGGUAUUGCUAUGGAGCGCCAGAUUUCUUUCACUUCCCUACCAGCACGCUGGGCCAGUGACGGAGGCCGCGCAGUUGCACGCACCGGCGGGGAAAAAUAAAUCCUCCACUUCCGCUGAUAAAGGAGCUCCUGUUACUGCCGGGGAUAAGCACAAAAAAACUGCGUUAGUGUAGGUGUCGCAAAAAUCACUACUUUUUUUGAUAUGCAAAACUAAACAAUUCUCAAGCUGCGGCGCAAUGCCCGACCUGGUAUGUGUUGACGUUUAUGAGGCGAAUUGAUGUAGUCAAAACUAGCUACGGCUGCUUCGGUACAUGUGAAUAGUUAAGGAGGCAGGACUCCAAAAGCCCGAACGCUGAAAGUAUAAGGAGGCCGAAAGUUCCAGAACCCGCGCGAGAAUGGCGCUGACUGCAAUUCGGGCAGGGAAAACAGAACAGUGAAAGUGUAGGCCACAUCCCGGAAAAGGGAAAACGACGAGUGUAGCAGAGAAACUCUUCUCCUUGGGGGGCUCAAAAGGACCCCCAGAAAUUGCACUACACUCAUUCGGAUCACUUUUCCAAGAUGGCCAUUUACACUGCUUCUUUUUUCUUUUUAUAGGUGGGGAUUAGGAAAGAGAAAUUUGCGAGUGUAACAUUUUCACUUUCGCGCUGGGGGGGUGGUCAGGGGGGGUCGAGAAAGCGCCUCGAUUUCAACGCGACCUGAAGGCUUAGCGUUGCGCUUACACUCAUAAAAUUAUAUUUUCCGCCUUCAACUCUUCGGACUUUUCUCUUCUCAAAAUGAAAACGCAACAAGUGCCGACUUGGAGGAGUACUACGACGAUGCCCAUCGGGUUUCGAAGCAGAAACAUGAGUCCUGCCUCCUUAACUAGCUCAGGACAAUUAUUACCGAGGCAACCGCUAGCUACUUGCAUUCCAAGCACCACAACACAGGAAGCAUUAAGAAAACCGGACGUGCCUGCUUUUAAAAAAAUCUUGAACUUUCGCUAUGAAAAAAUAUCGCACUUUCUGAAAUACCUACACUAACACAGUUUUUUCUUUCAAUAACCGCUGAUAAAGGAGCUCCUGUUACUGCCGGGGACAAGAACGAUGAAGAUGACAGCGGCAGCACAACAAGGACUUCCGUCGUGGCAGAUGGGAUAAAAAUAGUACAAAACGAAGCUGCUGCUGACACCGAAGCGGCCAAACAACAAGAAAGCGAAGCUGACCUCUAUUCCGAGUUUUUCAAGCAGCUCGGAGCCUAUGUGUCCCAGCGAAACAUUGCCUUCGCGACGAAGCUGCGCACCGCGCGGCCGCAGCAGUUUUUUGACAAGGCGAUUUGGGAGCGAAAGUUUUGGGAGCAGGGCCGGCGGGGACGGGUGUGCAAGGAAGACGAGCUGCAUGACGGGAAGCGGUACGCGCUGCUUUGCCACCUACCGUGGGAACUGGACGAACACGAGUCCAUGUUUGCGAUUGAAGUCGAGCAGCACCAGGAUCCUGGGCUGCACCAGAAAUUAUCCAAAUCGGUUAGUUGUUCUCGGACGACGAGAGAAGGAGAAAAGACGCGUUGUCGUGGUUCAUCUCCCCGCAUAGCGGAGCAGGGUUGUCAGGCCGGAAUACCAGAAGCAGGUGAUCAUGGCACAGACGGUGAUGGAGCUGUGAGAUCUGACGACGAUUUUUCGCUGCCCUGGAGUCGUCGACGCGUUACCUCCGAUCAGAAAAAUGUGCGGAAUUCUUGCACCGCUUGCAUCCUCUGCGGCGAUGGGUGCGUGGUGCGUGCGAGCACCGGAAGAGACCACGGCCGCGCCGGGGAACAAGGCCGUUCCGGAGAAAUUAUCGCGAAGAAAGUAUCAAGCAACUACACGUCUACUUCUGACAGUUCAGACUCUGAAGUAGAUUACAGUCCCACGAGCAGUAGUACAGCAGAGGCCGAUGCAGCAGCCAGUUCGGACAGUUCCGACAGUAUUAAUCUUCACGAUAAUUUCCACAACACGGCAUGGAUUUCUCCUAAAACACAUACCUCCUCACCUUCCAGUCCGCUCUCCUGGCACAGCCUCGCAUCCCUUCGAAGCUUGCUGCACUGCUGUGGUGGGGAACAAGAGGCGCAAAAUGCAACAGGUUUUUAUAGCAGCAGCAAUCUUUAUGGGUCCUCGUCGGCUGCGUACAUCAAAUACAAUCACGUGCUCCACCCUCGUUCUUGGCCGAAAAACACUACUUCACAGGAACAAGAUGUGGAGUAUGUGCUGACCUGCGGGGGAACUACUAGCUCGCCGGAACACGAAGUCGAUCCGUUGGUUUACCAAGGGGUAGACAAGGGUCUGGCCUGGCCCAAAAGUCCAAGGAUGGGGACGAGCAACGGAAGUUCUUCGAGGGCUAAGAGUGUUGACGAUAGUUCAAGUAGAACAUCCUCCUCCUCGACGAGUUCUAGCACAGAUAAAAAUUCCUCGACGGAACAAAUAGAUGAAGUCGCCGAGCAGAUGAGUAGAAAAAAAGUCGUUACCAUAACGUUUUUUCGCAGCUACGGCACCGCCGCUGGGCCGACCUCUGGUACCAACGGCCCCAGUUCGGACGAGCUGUUCCGUAUCGCGCUGCAGCACUAUGUGCCGGAACAGUGGUUGGCGCAACUGCGAACCGCGUCCCGCCUCGUCCUGGUCAGUAACCACGUGAAUAACGGGCAGACCGUGCGGCUGUUGGCAGGGCUCCUCCUGACGGCUGCGAGGACGACAACGACGAAAGAUGUUCUUGACCAAAAACAGCAACUAAAGCUCUUCAACGCACUCUCUCAGUUGGACGGCGAGCAGGGUGGCGAGCAGGCUGUAAAAAUCGGGACUGCAGAUGAAAUGCCGAACAAUAUCCUGAGUAAAAAUGUCCCCACACCAGAGUCAAGAUGGGAAAUCCGCUAGACAAAUCCAUAAGCUUUGGCUGUUUCGCAUGAAAAAUUUGGACGCGUAGUGUAGUGCUGUUUGAGCUAGCUAAGCAGCAUUACAGAUCUAGUAUCUCAUGCUGAUUGGCGCAUUACAGAUUUCCAAACCGCAUUAGAAAAUGCUUCUCAUGGGGCUCCGCAUGAGAAACAUUUUAAGCAUGCAGAGUAGCAUGACAACUAUGGUGUGGGUGCGUUUUUACACAGGAUAAGCAACAGAGAAGAUCUCGUAGAUGAAACCCAAAGAACUUCUACCCCCGUACUAGAUGAAGUUAUUUUGCCGCUCAAGGUGAAAAGAACCCGCCAACAAGUGACAAACAAUAAAUUUCACGAAGACGAGGUAACAAGCAAAAAAUUUCCGCGGAUCGCUCGCGAAACGAGCAGCGCAUCGUCAGCUGCCAGCACAAGCAUCGGGUCCGAGGGGACGCUAUGGAUUGCAAAUAUGUCUGGGUUUGGAAGCAUUGGAACUUGUCAUGCGGAUUCCAGAAUAGGCAAAAAUUUGUAUUGCAAGAGCCCCAGUAGAAAGAAGCUUUGGCUUUGCGUUUCUUGCUACCAAAAAGGGAAUUUGUCAUGUGGGACAGACAAUAGAUAACAGGCCUGCGCAAAACCUGAAAUCCUUUUGCGUGCAUUAGAGACCAUCUGUGUAAUCCAGAAAAUGCAUGACAAACAUUUGCAGUCUGCCAGACCCAGACAUAUUUGCACUGGAUAGACGCAACACGGGAUCUCGUCCUCUUCGCGCUUCACCUCGGUGGAGGACUUCUCGGAUGCGUUUGCGGGGCAAGAAAGGUCUUCUAGGGGUGGAACUCUACUGCCCCCGGUCUUUUCUCAUCUUGCCGCAGCCGCGGUUGCAAGUAGUAACAGCAGUGCGCGAACGAGCGGAGAAGCGCCUGGUAUUGGGUCAGCACUACCUUCUUCACCAACAGCAACUACUUCUCUAGAAGCGACUCCAUAUUACAAUUCAAAUCAAGAAGAUCCUCUUCAUAAUGCGCUCGCAAAUCAAAAGAAUGUUCGCCGGCGCGUGUACGACCGCGUUGUCCGCAGUAUGCCGACUACCUUCGCCCGCCAGAAUGCCCUAUUGCAGCUGGAAGCCGUGCUGGGUUUGCGGUUCGUGCUGCGCUUGGACGAAACAGAAUUCAUCUGGACCUCCGGAGCCGCGCUCGAUAUCAAAUGCAAAAAUGUGUGGGUCUGGAAGAUUGCGAGAUUUGUCAUGCUUGUCCGGCAUGACAAAAAAGUUUGUGAUGCGUGUCCAAGAAGAGACCCUUAUGCCUGUCAUGCAAAAACGCAGUUUCUCAUGCGAAAACCGAACACAAAGAAGCGCAGAUAUUUCUCAUGCUUGGCUGUCCAUUGCAGAGCAUUCACUAUUCCCAACACAGCAUUACAAGUUUCCAGACUCAGACAUUUUUGCAGUUGAUACUCGACGGCCGGAGGAGGCUCGGUUUGAAGGAGUAUCUUUCGGGAAGUUCUACUCGUUAUGAAAUGCAAAAAUGUCUGGGUCUGGAGCAGUGGAACUUGUGAUGCGUGUCUUGCAUUCCUGGAAAAUCUGUGUUGCAUGAGCAGCAAAAGUAAAAGAGGAGCUUGCUUUGUCAUGCAAAAACGCAACUUGUGAUGCGUGACAGGCAUCAGCAGGCGUUUCUAGACUUGUCAUGCCUGGCUGCCAUUGCAAGCGCUUCAAUCAUGCUUAAUUCAGCAUCACAGAUUUCCAGACCCAGACAUAUUUGCAAUCCAUACUCGUAGAGCGCUGCAGGAUCUUCAUCCUCGUCGUUCUUGCUAUAGUUGCUAUAACUGCUGCGCCGCGGUGGAUGCAGGCAGAAGCAGAAGGUAUAGAAGUUCUUGUGUAUUUCCAUGCAAUUCUUCAAGAAGAACAUCGUCACCUGUCGUGAAACAGCUUGCUGCCGCUUUCGCCAACUGCUACCGACAAAGCUGCAACGACACUGAAAGUUAUGAAGCCUGCUCGGACGAGGACGACGAGUGUGGCAGUAGGAUCGGAAGCGACGACGACGACGACGAGGGGGACACGAGUAGUUUCUCUAGUUGUGCACAAGAGCCUGCUCCAGACUCUCUAGAACUGUGGAGCAAUGAGGAGUACACGGCGUAUGAAGAGUCGGAUAAAAUCGUCAACAUCAUUUUCCACGCUGACCGGGUCUGGUAGAGCAUUCAAUAUGCUCAUUUGCGGUUGAUAUUUUUAACACUAGGACUACUUCUGUAGAGUAGACUUACGCGGACAACUUUUCGUCUGUGGCGCUUGUAGCAAUUUUGAUUGAAAAAUGGCUCGAGUUAAUUUCGUUCAAGUGUGUAGUACGUAGUUUCAUUUUCUCGAUGCUGAAUGUGUAUGAAGAAACACAUGCUGGGAGGUUGAACAAUGAUUUUGCUACAAAUGUACCGUUUGCGUUUCGUACCAUCCAAUGUACUCACUUUUGCAGUUGAAUAUUUUCACAAUUUCCAUCAAAACUAUACCUACGUAAGCCCCGCGCAACAUGGUAGUACUCCAUAAAGUCAAUGUCCGCGAAAUGUAACAAAUGAAGCGGAAAAUGAAAAAGUUUUGUCCACAGGAGCAUGUUUUUGUCUGGUAAAACACAACAAGCACCUCUACCACGCCAAAGUAAUUUCAGCUCCGGGAAGAAUUGUUUUUCAUCCUGGGAACUUCUUUCUACCACGGGUGGUCAGCACCGAAUGUUGACUAGUGCCGCUAGCGCUGCGACAGUGAGGUUGAUACAGCAAUGCAAAUCAGUGGAUGUAUUGUUUCAGCACGAAGACUCUACUGCAAAGAUGAUGCUAGGGGGGCACUACUGGUCUUGAGGAUCAAAAUUGAAGAUCGAGA